AUGGGGCAGAUCGACCAGGACGGGCUGACCCUGCCCGAACGGACCCUCUACCUGGGGCAGGAUGAGGAGAGCGAGAAGCUCAAGCGGAAGCGCGUGCUGGAUCGCAUCUUCCAUGACUGCUUCUCGGAGGAGGAGGAGGUGGUGCUGCUGGCCAAUGACUACAUGCACAAGGUGUCCAACCUCAUCCGUGUGACACCCAGCAGGAUCCUUCACAACUACAUGCUGUGGCGCAUCGUGGUGGUGCUGAGUGAGCACCUCUCCAACCCCUUCCGCGAUGCCAUCCACGAGCUCUCCAAGGAGAUGGAGGGCAAUGAGAAGCAGCUGGCGCCGGGUAAGAUCUGCCUGAGCCAGGCCAACAAGCACUUUGGAAUGGCCCUGGGAGCUCUCUUCGCUGACAUGGGGGGGCUCAAACUUGCCUACUAG